CAAGGAGCAAGAACAUGGAUAAAACAAAUUUUGAAUCAAGACAUGGCUUUCCAACAUAUAAGAGUAAUUUACCCCACAGCUCCUGCCAGCUUCCUUUGUCUUAAGAUGGAGAAGAUUUGUCCCAAGUAACAAAAGCCACAGACGUAUUAUUUCUUCAGUACGUUUUCAAGUUUACCUUGGAUUCCUGAUGCGUCUUAUGCUGCCUGUGUGUUACCGUACCGCAAAGCUUCAUAGUCAAGCUGCAUUGAACCUCACUUUUAACACAAGAUAUGCUUUGGACUACAGAAUUUUGAAUUAUGCUUCUGAUUUGAAAAGGCCAUAUACACCUAUGAAAGGAGCCCUUUCCACUGUGUGGUUUGACAGAUACAAGAUCUCCAAUGACUGUCCAGAACACAUUGAAACUAUUGAUGCUAUGUGCCGUGGACUUACGGACUUGAUCAAUGAUGAGAUUAAAAAUGGCAUCACAAAGAAUAGGAUACUAGUAGGAGGCUUUUCGAUGGGAGGCGGAAUGGCAAUGCAUUUAGCAUAUAGGUUUCAUCAAGAUGUGGCAGGAGUCUUUGCUCUUUCUAGUUUUCUCAAUAAAGAAUCUGCUGUUUACCAGGCUUUGGGCAGAAAUGAAGGUGUCCUUCCAGAAUUAUUUCAGUGUCAUGGAACGGCUGAUGAACUAGUUCUUUGCUCUUGGGGUGAAGAGACUAACAAGAUGUUAAAGUCACUGGGGGUGUCAGCAUCAUUCCACACUUUUCCAAACCUUAAUCAUGAAUUAAGCAGAACUGAAAUAGAAAAAUUAAAAACCUGGAUUGUAAAGAAACUGCCCAUUGAAGAAGCAAAGACAAAUGAAUAAAAGAUACAGCUUUCGUGUA